CAACAUAUGUGGCUGCUUUUUAUUGGGCUACUCCAUAGCUUACUUGGGAAAUUGGAAAUAAAACAACUUGGUUGCCGGAAAAGUCGGUGCAAAUGAUUAAUUUUAUAAUACACACGCGGUAUCUACCGUCCCCGAAGGCUUCUAGCCGUUGUCCACCUCGCUCUCCAUAUAUGGGGGCAGCGCGGCCUAUCGCAACUCCAAAAUACAAGCUCGAUUUGUUCUUCGAGAGAGACAGAGGAAAGGAGAUCUAUAGGAAUAGCUGCAACUGUUAUUGAAGAAGCAGCCAACGACAAAAUGACGAUCGUCGAGAUGUGCGUGCAUAUGGAUUGCUCUGGUUGCGAGAGCAAGAUAAGGAAAGCUCUUCAGAAGCUCAAAGGGGUGGAUAAUGUGGACAUAGACAUGGGGAGGCAGAAGGUUACAGUGACCGGGUGGGUGGAUCAGAAGAAGGUGCUCAAGGCUGUGAGGAAGACGGGGAGGCGGGCGGUGCUAUGGCCCUACCCAUACGGCGCGGAGAACCACACCUUCACCAUCCAACAGUACUACCACCAGCAACACCCGGCUUUGGCUACUGGCCCGGUGAGCGUCACCGCCGCGCCUUCCUCCUCUUACAACUACUACAAGCAUGGCUACGACGACUCCCGCAUGCAUGGCUCCUACCACCCUUCCGCGCACUCCGCCGUUGUCAACGAGAGGGCGGGAGAUAUCUUUAGUGUUGAGAAUCCGAAUAAUUGUUCUAUAAUGUGAUUACUUGUCUUUUUUUAAAUUUUUUUCCCCUCAAUUCUAUUUAUUUUCUUUUUUCCUUUUUCUUUCAAGAAAAGAAGCGAUUCCGAUUUCCGAGUACAGGUUAUGUUUUGCUUGGUGUAAGCUGUGUUAAUUUCCUUUCUGUAAUUUAUGAUAUCGGCAUUAUUUGGAGAGUAUUUGGCAAGUGAGAGAUAAAUGCUUGUUGAUCUAUAAUCGAUGAUAAUGACAUAUGAACCUUCAAA